AUGGCUGUCGCAUCGCUCGCCCCUGCGACGACUCCGCCUACGUCAUUCACUUCACAGGUGACGUUUACGUCUCAUUGUGCAGCUCAGCCUCGGGACUCCCGUGCCGGGAGUCCCGAGCCGGCGGUGCAGGCGCAGCAGAUCCGACAACGACGGCGAGUAACGAGCCGGGCUAUAUCGGACCCUUUCGCGUUCUCGUUUGACGAUGGAGAGGAGAAUGAGGAAGGGGAUGCGGCGGAGAGCAACAGCUACGGCGACAACGAGCGAGACCCAGAGGAGGAGACCCUAGCAGCGCUCCACUGGCCCGCCCUCUGCGCCACCCUCGCCUCCUUCGCCUCCACCUCAUACGCCCGCCGCCUCCUGCUCUCCCUGCGCCCCCCCAAAGCACCCGCCCAGGCCCACCCCUCACUCGCCCUCCCCUCUCACACUUCCACCCACUCAGAAAAAACUCACCUAGAAAGAACCCUUUCAGAAGAAAUUCCGUUGUGGGGAUAUGCAGAGCUACAGGAGCAAUGCGAGGGGCUGCUGGAGGAAACAGCAGCGGCGAUCGAGCUGGAGGAGAGGGCAGGAGGCGCUGUGGACCUCAGUGGGGUGCAUGCCUCGUUAGUGGGCGAUGCGUUAAGAGUGCUGGGGCGCGGGAUGAGCGUGAGCGGGCGGCAGGCUGCUGCUGUGGCUUCGAUGAUGGUGGCGGCCAAUGGCAUGCGGCGCGGGGUCAUGGAUGCUGUUGCUGACGUGGAGCGAGGAGGGCAGGGCGGCAUAGGGUUGAACGUGGCUGUGAUGAUGGCAGGCAUAGGGUUGAACGUGGCUGUGAUGAUGGCAGGCAUAGGGUUGAACGUGGCUGUGAUGAUGGCAGGCAUAGGGUUGAACGUGGCUGUGAUGAUGGCAGGCAUAGGGUUGAACGUGGCUGCAACUGGGUGGAGUGGUGGAGACUGGGUCACUGGGAUGACCGGAUGGAGCACGGAUAUCGGGCGUGCGUGCUGUAUCUCUUUCUCUUCCCCUUUCACUUCCCCCUCUUCCCCCCAUGCCCCCUCCUGCUGCAUCCAAGCCCAUGGCCAACUAGCAAAAGUUCACCUCUCAAGCAUCCCCUUCCCCUCACCCCACCGACCCCCCGUCACCUCAAGCCCUUGGCCAACUCCCAGAUUUUCCGGUUUUGAUUCACUUCAGACAUUUCCUUCCCCUUCCCCCCCAACCUCCCUUCAGCUCAAGCCCAUGGCCACCAGACCAGACUUGGUUCAGCGCAUCUGGUCCGCCGUGGACGAGGAGGGGCAGGUUCGGGACACAGCGAGCGCGGAGGUUCGGCAGGCCCGAGCCGCGUGCCAGCUGGCCGCCGCCCGGGCGAGGGAGGCGGUGGCGCGGGCGGCGAGGGGGAGGGGGGCGGGCGGCGGGGUGGUGGAGGAGGUGGUGGAGGUGGAGGGGCGGUUUUGCAUGGUGGUGAGCCGACAGCUGAUGAGUGCCGGGGAGGGGAGCUCCUCUGGUCUCGUCAUGAAAUCCUCUUCACCGUCCCUGGCAGUGAUAGAGCCCACGUCAGCAGUGCAGCUGAACAACCGGUACAGCGAGGCCAGUGCGGAGGCGUGGCGGGCGGAGCAGGCAGUGCUGGCACAGUUGUCACGAGACAUGGGGGAGGCUGUGGGGGACGUGCAAGGGGUGCUGGAGGCGAUGGUUCGACUCGACGUGAUCAUUGCGAGAGCACGCUACAGCAGCUGGCUGGGUGCCACUCGCCCGUCCUUCACCCCUCUUGCUGAGGGUUUAGGGUUUACGGACAUCACCACCCCUUCCUCUCCUGAUGUCACGUCAGUUGAACCUGCCACCUCAGCAACUGCCACAUCAUUAGACCCUUCCACGUCAGCUGCACCAGCCACGUCAGCAGUACCCUCUGCUCCGCUCGUGGACACCCGUUCCCUCCGCCACCCACUCCUUCUCCAGCAGUACCGCGCUGCCCAGAAACGAGCCAAUCAGAGGCUGCAGAAGGCAAAGCGGGCGGCAAAUAGACUACGCACGCGACCCGGCAUAACAGCCACUGCAGUAGCAGCAGCGGCAGCAGGAGCGGGAGUGAGUGGUGGAGUGGGGGAGGAUUCCCCUGGGGGGUGGGUGACACAGCUACAAGCAGCAGAGAGGGAAGUGACGGAGGCGGAGGAGGAGGUGGGGCGAGCAGAGGCGGCAGUGCCUGUGCCCAUAGACGUGACAGUAAGGAGGGGGUGCCGUGUGGUGACUAUAACGGGGCCCAACACCGGAGGCAAGACGGCUGCCAUCAAGGCAGUGGGGCUCGCAGCUCUCAUGGCCCGAUGUGGCAUCUACGUGUUGGCAGCAUCACCCGCCCGCCUGCCCCUCUUUGACCUCGUGCUGGCCGACAUCGGCGAUGCCCAGUCGCUCACACAGUCACUCUCCACCUUCUCCUCGCACCUCGUCCGCAUCAGAAGUAUCCUGGAAGCUGCCACCCCACGCUCCCUCGUGCUCUUGGACGAGUUAGGAGCGGGCACGGACCCAAUAGAAGGGGCCGCUUUGGCCACAGCAGUGCUAGAGCAUCUAGCAGGGGGAUCAGAAGAAGGUUCAGGCGAAUCUUCAGGUAUUUCGUCAGGUGGUGCUCUGCUGACCAUGGCUACAACGCAUCACGGGCAACUCAAGACGCUCAAAUACAGGGACGCACGCUUUGAGAAUGCCUCGGUGGAGUUUGAUGAUGAGCGCCUCGCUCCCACGUACCGCCUCCUGUGGGGCAUCCCGGGGCGAUCCAACGCGCUUAACAUCGCGCAGAGGCUCGGGCUGCCCGGAGAAAUAAUUUCAGCUGCCAGGGAGCUGCAAGGCAGUGCAAAGAUGCAAGUGAAUGAGGUAAUAACAGCAAUGGAAGAAGCUAGAAGGGCGUAUGAGACUGAUGUGGAAGCCACUGCCUCUAUUCUAAGGCAAGCAGAGUCUCUUUAUUCUGACCUAACUUCAGCUGCACGGCGCCUGCAGCUGCACCAGCAGGCACUGCAGCUGGACGGGCAGCAAAAAGUUCAAGCCGCAGUUGUUGACGGGCAGAAGGCGAUUCGGGCAGCUGCCCGGGCAGCCGUGAGAAAAGCGAGGGAGGCAGAAGAGGCAGCUCUGUUUGAAGUGGGUGCGGCAAGGAGGAGGGGGGGGAGGGAGAAGGAGGGAGGAGCAGCUGGGUGGGGCAUGGUGGAGGGGGCGACAGGAAGCAGACAGCCCCAAGCCAGCAGCGGGCAUUUUCCCACAAGAAUGCGCAUGCAGUCGAACCAGGCGGAACAAGACAAGGGGCCUGCAGUCGGGUCCUCUGCGGGUUUAGACGGGGGUUUCCGGUCAUUCAUUAACGAGGACCCCGAGCCGCCAAUCGGACGAAGUCCCCUCCGUUGCCCAUUUCUGCACCGUCUUUCAUUCUUUCUUCAUUAUUUAUACCUCUCCCGCCUCGCUGCGGAAGCCAUGGCGGAAUUCACAGACACCCACUUGCUUCAUUUUUCAUAG